UCGGAAGCAAUACUGGCAGCGGUGCCACUGGUGCACCUCGUUCUCGGGCAGAAAGGUCUCCUAUUAUUCAAUCCACACACAUAUCGACGUGUAUUUCCUAGUGUCGGCAGCUUCGACAUUGCCUUGGCAUUCAAGUCCUCACAGAUCACAUGAUCGCGUUGUGUCGCUUGUCCUGCCGCAAUCUUCCACUUCAGUCUCCCAGUGCCACAAUGCGAGAAUCCGCAAUCUGUCUUGUUCUGCUCCCCAGCAUAUCGUGAUAUCCGCCCGAAGCAGAACAUUCAUUGAGUGGCCGCCCGCGGAACAACGAGACCUCACUUCCCCCUCUUGCGCGCGGAUGUACUGUGUCUGAGACCGUUGGUGCUACUUAAGACUGCUGGGGACCGGGCGGAGUCUGUGUCAGCUCUCACUCUCAGCAUAUACAGCACCAUCAUGACCACCGAAGAAUAUGGCUCACUCGUGCCGGCUGUCUGCGUCAACCUGUUGUUGUACACACUCGAAUUCGUGAUGGCCUGCGUCUUCCUCUCGCGUCGGGCGAAGGAGGGCGCUGGUGCGUUCGACAAGUUCCGGACUGUCCUCACUCUGCUGCUCGAUACUGCGUGCACUUUAGCCGGUUGCGUCUUCCUCUACUUUUGGCAAGACACUCACUGGGGGGAUAACGACGAGGUGCAAGGCCGGUUCUGGAAGCUCCUCAUCGGCACUCUGGUCUUGGGCACUGCCUCGACUGCCAUCGCCCAGUCUUACCUCCUGCAAAAGUUCUGGACCAAUAUCCCGAACCAUCUCAUCGGCACGGCCCUGAUUGUCUCACUUCUGGUUGUGACACUUCUUGGGUCCGUCGCCUCCGUGGCGGUUUGCGCAUACAUGCAGUGGACCAAUGCAGAGCAACUCGUCCCGUUCAUCUGGACUGCGCUCAUCGCUAGUCUCGUCACGGCGUUCGGCAUAACGUCGAUCUCCGUUUGCCAACGCAUCGCCGUCAAGUCUGUGGCCAAGAGAAACUUCAUCGUCCGCGGCUGGAAAGCAUUUGUCAGCACUGGGAUGCCGGGUAGCAUCAUUUGCAUCCUCGCUCUGGUUGCGUGGGUUAUGGGAAAGCACACCACCUACAUCAUCGCGCUCUACUUCGUUCUUGCCCGGGUGUACUCGUGCACGAUGCUCUUCACCAUGCACUAUCCACUUCCGAUCCGCAAGUCGAUGAUCCAAGAUCUGGUCAAUACGUCCGUCGCCCAAGGCACUUUGCCUCUCACCGUCAGUUCCCCUUCCCCGGAUAUCUUUCUCAAGUCCGAAAGGGGCACCCAGCCCAAGGAGGGAAACGUGCAGUCUUGGUACAACAUUGACCUGGGUGAUGGGGCGAUGCGCACCAGCCGUAGUGCACCGGAGAACAUCAAUGGUGACCAGCAGGAUGUGAACCGCAGAAAUGCAGCCGUGUAUCAGAAGCGUUGAGGUCGGUAGCGUGUCAUUCUGUUUGGGAUCGUUGGUCUUCGUCUUUUUUGUACCCCAUUGCGGAUGUUUUCGUUCUCGUCAUCCAUAACACGCACCAUAUCUGAGCCAG